CAAACUCGCCAUGGAACGGCGAGCCCGGAGCUUUGAGAAGGAGAGAUUGGGAAACCCCGCCCCUCCAGUCUUGGGAUGGGGAAUUCGCAGCCAAAGCCGGAGCCCCAGACUUGAGGCGCGCUCCCAGCCUUUAGCCAGGGAAAGAGAUUCGAGGGCGCAGGAUUAAGGACGCCUCUCACCCUGGCCCCUACAGUCUGGCAAGGGUCCAACCCUCGUCCUGCGCCGGCCCGCCCCCACCCUCCUCUCGGCCCUCCCCCGGCCCGUGAGCCGCUGCCCCUUUAAGAAGCCCAGGUAGGCAGGCCCGGCUGCGGGAGCCGCUCCUAUGGCAACUCGCGAGCUGCGGCGGCUUCAUGAAUAUUCCGGGGCGCGGGAGCCCGAGCGCUGCCGGAGGGCUCUCCGGGGGAGGCGGCCGCUGAUGUAAGCCCGGCGGGCCGCUGGGCUCCGUUCAGCUGCGGCGGGAGCCCCGGGACCAGCCGGCCAGGGUUGGCCAGUGGGGGCGAGGCGAGCUCGCGGGUGGCCGGCCACAAAGCCGAGGCAGCGCGACCGACGGACAGCCCGCCGGCCCGCGGGACGCACGGCCGGGAGACGCGCGGGCCGUGCGCUCUGCGCUCCGGAGCAGUUCCCAGACCGCCGCGGCCGCAGCGCCGCUUCUGCCCGCGCCCAUUGUUCCCCGCGGGGGCGGGGCGCCUGGAGCCGGGCCGCGCGCCGCGCCCCUGAACGCGGGAGGGAGGGAGUGCGGGGUCCCCGCGCCCAGCCCGGGGCGGGAGGAGGUGCAGCGCUGCGAGCCCGGGGACCCGGAGCCGGACUGGGAGCAUCCCCGCAGCGCGCAGGCUGCUAAGCAUGGGCGACUGAGGCGGCCCCACGCCAGCUGCAAAGGACUCGUCCCCACGGGCGGACUGACCGGCGGGUGGACCUGGAGCGGGUGCGCGGCGCCGCGCUCCUGUUCCUGGCCCGGCCCGGGUCCCUGGCGCCAUGGACAAGCUGCCGCCGUCCAUGCGCAAGCGGCUCUAUAGCCUCCCGCAGCAGGUGGGGGCCAAGGCGUGGAUCAUGGACGAGGAAGAGGACGCCGAGGAGGAUGGGGCCGGGGGCCGCCAAGACCCCAGCCGCAGGAGCAUCCGGCUGCGGCCGCUGCCCUCGCCCUCGCCCUCAGUGGCGGCGGGCAGCACGGAGUCCCGGGGCGCGGCCCUCGGGGCGGCGGAUAGUGAGGGGCCGGCCCGCAGCGCGGCCAAGUCCAGCACAAACGGCGACUGCAGGCGCUUCCGCGGGAGCCUGGCCUCGCUGGGCAGCCGGGGCGGCGGCGGCGGCGGCGGUGCGGGAAGCAGCAGCAGUCACGGGCACCUGCAUGACUCCGCGGAGGAGCGGAGGCUCAUCGCCGAGGGCGACGCGUCCCCCGCCGAGGACAGGACGCCCCCAGGCCUGGCGGUCGAUUCCGAACUCCCCGGCGCUUCCGCGCAGCCCACAGCCUCGCCGCCGCCUCCCCAGAAGCCGCCGCAGCCGGCCUCCGCCUCCUGCGAGCAGCCCUCCGCGGACACCGCUAUCAAAGUAGAGGGAGGCGCGGCCGCCGGCGACCAGAUCCUCCCCGAGGCCGAGGUGCGCCUGGGUCAGGCCGGCUUUAUGCAGCGCCAGUUCGGGGCCAUGCUCCAACCUGGGGUCAACAAAUUCUCCCUGAGGAUGUUCGGCAGCCAGAAAGCUGUGGAGCGCGAGCAGGAGAGGGUUAAAUCGGCUGGGUUUUGGAUUAUCCACCCCUACAGCGACUUCAGAUUUUACUGGGACCUGACCAUGCUGCUGCUGAUGGUGGGAAACCUGAUCAUCAUUCCUGUGGGCAUCACCUUCUUCAAGGAUGAGAACACCACACCCUGGAUUGUCUUCAAUGUGGUGUCAGACACGUUCUUCCUCAUCGACUUGGUCCUCAACUUCCGCACAGGGAUUGUGGUGGAGGACAACACGGAGAUCAUCCUGGACCCACAGCGGAUUAAGAUGAAGUACCUGAAAAGCUGGUUCGUGGUGGAUUUCAUCUCCUCCAUCCCCGUGGACUACAUCUUCCUCAUUGUGGAGACUCGCAUCGACUCAGAGGUCUACAAGACGGCCCGGGCCCUUCGUAUCGUGCGCUUCACCAAGAUCCUCAGCCUCCUGCGCCUCUUACGUCUCUCCCGCCUCAUUCGCUACAUUCACCAGUGGGAAGAGAUCUUCCACAUGACCUACGACCUGGCCAGCGCCGUGGUACGCAUCGUGAACCUCAUUGGCAUGAUGCUGUUGCUGUGCCACUGGGACGGCUGCCUGCAGUUCCUGGUGCCCAUGCUGCAGGACUUCCCCGAUGACUGCUGGGUGUCCAUCAACAACAUGGUGAACAACUCCUGGGGGAAGCAGUACUCCUAUGCCCUCUUCAAGGCCAUGAGCCAUAUGCUGUGCAUCGGGUACGGACGGCAGGCACCCGUGGGCAUGUCCGAUGUCUGGCUGACCAUGCUCAGCAUGAUCGUGGGUGCUACCUGCUAUGCCAUGUUCAUCGGCCACGCCACUGCCCUCAUCCAGUCCCUGGACUCCUCUCGGCGCCAAUACCAGGAAAAAUACAAGCAGGUGGAGCAGUACAUGUCCUUCCACAAGCUCCCACCCGACACUCGUCAGCGCAUCCACGACUACUACGAGCACCGCUACCAGGGCAAGAUGUUCGACGAGGAGAGCAUCCUGGGGGAGCUGAGCGAGCCGCUGCGGGAGGAGAUCAUCAACUUUAACUGCCGGAAGCUGGUCGCCUCCAUGCCGCUGUUUGCCAACGCGGACCCCAACUUUGUGACAUCCAUGCUGACCAAGCUGCGCUUUGAGGUCUUCCAGCCCGGGGACUACAUCAUCCGUGAAGGCACCAUCGGCAAGAAGAUGUACUUCAUCCAGCACGGCGUGGUCAGCGUGCUCACCAAGGGCAACAAGGAGACCAAGCUGGCCGACGGCUCCUAUUUUGGAGAGAUCUGCCUGCUGACCCGGGGCCGGCGCACGGCCAGCGUGCGGGCUGACACCUACUGCCGUCUCUACUCACUGAGCGUGGACAACUUCAACGAGGUGCUGGAGGAGUACCCCAUGAUGCGGCGGGCCUUUGAGACCGUGGCACUCGACCGCCUGGACCGAAUCGGCAAGAAAAACUCCAUCCUCCUCCACAAAGUCCAGCAUGACCUCAACUCCGGUGUCUUCAACUACCAGGAGAAUGAGAUCAUCCAGCAGAUCGUGCAGCAUGACCGUGAGAUGGCCCACUGUGCGCACCACGUCCAGGCUGCCGCCUCUGCCACCCCGACCCCGACGCCUGUCAUCUGGACUCCACUGAUCCAGGCGCCACUGCAGGCUGCUGCUGCCACCACAUCCGUGGCCAUAGCCCUCACCCAUCACCCUCGCUUGCCUGCUGCCAUCUUCCGCCCUCCCCCUGGACCUGGGCUGGGCAACCUGGGGGCUGGGCAGACGCCCAGGCACCUGAAGAGGCUGCAGUCCCUGAUCCCUUCUGCGCUGGGCUCCACUUCACCUGCCAGCACCCCAUCUCAGGUGGACACACCAUCUUCCUCUUCCUUUCACAUCCAACAGCUGGCUGGAUUCUCUGCACCCGCCGGACUCAGCCCUCUCCUGCCCUCGUCCAGCUCCUCCCCACCGCCAGGGGCCUGUGGCUCCCCUGCAGCUCCCACACCAUCUGCUGCCACAGCUGCCACCACCACAGCUGGGUUUGGUCACUUCCACAAGGCCCUGGGUGGCUCCCUGUCCUCAUCCGAUUCUCCCCUGCUUACCCCACUGCAGCCAGGUGCCCGCUCCCCACAGGCUGUCCAGCCACCACCCCCACUGCCGGGGGCACGGGGUGGCCUGGGGCUCCUGGAGCACUUCCUGCCACCGCCACCCUCGUCCAGGUCCCCAUCAUCCAGCCCUGGGCAGCUGGGUCAGCCUCCUGGGGAGCAGUCCCCAGGCCUGGCUGCUGGCCCACCAACUACGCCAGAGACACCCCCACGGCAACCUGAGCGGCAGUCCUUUGUGGCAGGGGCCUCUGGGGGGGCUUCCCCUGGAGCCUUUACCCCCCGAGGAGGUCUUAGCCCCCCUGGCCAUAGCCCAGGCCCCCCAAGAACUUUCCCAAGUACCCCACCCCGGGCCUCUGGCUCCCACGGCUCCUUGCUCCUGCCACCUGCGUCCAGUCCCCCACCACCCCAGGUUCCACAGCGCCGGGGCACACCUCCCCUCACCCCAGGCCGCCUCACCCAGGACCUCAAGCUCAUCUCCGCCUCUCAGCCAGCCCUGCCCCAGGACGGGGCACAGACUCUCCUCAGAGCCUCCCCGCACUCCUCUGGGGAGUCCAUGGCUGCCUUCCCACUCUUCCCCAGGGCUGGGGGCAGCACUGGGGGCAGUGGGGGGCUUGGCCCCUCCGGGAGGCCCUAUGGUGCCAUCCCUGGCCAGCACGUCACUCUGCCUCGGAAGACAUCCUCAAGUUCUUUGCCACCCCCUCUUUCUUUGUUUGGGGCAAGAACCACCUCUUCUGGGGGACCCCCUCUGACUGCUGCACCCCAGAGGGAACCUGGGACCAGAUCUGAGCCAGUGCGCUCCAAACUGCCGUCCAAUCUAUGAGCCGGGCCCCUCUCUCCUUUUCUCUUUUUUUUUUUUCUCCCUUUCUUCAGGUUUAACUGUGAUUAGGAGAUAUACCAAUAACAAUAAUAAUUAUCGUUAAAAACCCACACACACCAGAAAAACAAAAGACAGCAGAAAAUAACCAGGUAUUCUUAGAGCUAUAGAUUUUUGGUCACUCGCUUUUAUAGACUAUUUUAAUACUCAGCACUAGAGGGAGGGAGGGAGCGGGAGGGGAGCAGGCAGGGCCCAGAUGCAAAAGCCAGAGAAGGGCGGGUGGGAUCUCCGGCUGGGCAGGGUGGGGGGUAAGGUGUUUGGGGUUCCUAGAGCAGAGAUGUCAGAUGUAUUUGUUUAGAGCAACAGCUGCCGUCAGUCCCUUAGCUGUGAACUUGGAGCCCCACUGUGCUGGGGUCCUCUUGUCCCCCCAGGAAGGGGCUGUCCUGAGGCCUCAGAUGCCUGAGUCCUUGAGAGAACCGGGCGGGGGCUGAGGGCCUUCUGUUUUUUCUACUGUAAACGUAGCAAGAUAUGUAUAUGAAUAUGUAUAUGUAUAUGUAUGUAAGAUGUGUAUAUGUAUAGCUAUGUAGCACUCUGUAGAGCCAUGUAGAUAGCCACUCACAUGUGCGCACAUGUUGUGUGCAAUCUAGUUUAACCCCAUGUUCCCAGGACACCCAGGUCACCUUACAUCCAGCAACCCGCAGGCUGGGCACUGCGUGUCUGGGGAAGUACUCUGCAGUCCUUGGGGCAGGAGGCCCCCAGGACCUUGCUGCAGGCUCCUCUCUCCCCAUCUCUUAUCUCAAAUCCACUCCCAGCCUGACUUCUUACCACAUGGAAGCAGAAGACUCCGGUUUGUUGGGGCCUCAGCACACCCUGUCACCUCUGUGGCCCUCAGUUUUCCCAUCUGUAUGGUGGGAGGUAAGGGAAACACUUCUAUUCAUUGAGGCUGCUCUGUGACAAGCACUGGUUUCGCACUUUACAUACUUCAGUUCCUUCAACUUCACAGAUCAUGAGGUAGGUACUUUUAUUCUCCCCAUUUCACAGAUGAAGAAACUGAGUUUUAGGUAAUUUUUCCAGAAUCAUGUAACUAAGAGUGGCAGAGUGGGGACUGAUCUGAGAUUUGAAUCCAUGUUGCCUGAGGCCCAAGCCUGCAUUCCUUCUGUCAGAAAGCUGUGUUGAAAGGAGCUGAGGUACAUGGUCCCCAAGAGUGGGGCAGAGGAGAGAGACCAGAUUUGGGGUUCAAAUCCCAGCCAUGCCACUUCUUAGCUGUAUGAUCUGGGGCAAGUUAUCUGACCUUUCUAAGCUUGUCACCUCAUUUGUAAGAUGGGAAUAACCAUGCUACCGCUUCACAAGGCCCUGUGAGGACCAGAUCAGAAGGUAGUGUAUGCCCAGUGAAAGUGAAAAGCCCAGCCCAGCGCCUGGCAUGUACCAUAGCAGGUGCUCAAUAAGUCCCAUUUCUUCUGCCCCUCAAAUGCCCAGCCCAUUGCUCCAGCAGCUAUGGUGAGAGCACAGGGAGCUUUGGCCGAGGGCUCUAAGACUUAAAAAUCUCAGGACUCAGGAAGUGGCUGGGCCUCCCUAAGGGCCUGAGGAAGGCGCGUGGCCAGUGGCAGGCUUGAGCCAGGCCUUGAGAUGUGGGGAGCUUCAGAGGGGGAGGGAGGGAGGGAACGAGUAGGGGUGGUAUGCAGAUUACUGUGGUGGGUGGGAAGCUGUGCAUCUUGGCCUUGGGAGGAUAUCCACAGGUGCAGGGGUCAGGAGGGCCUGGGGUGACAGGCUAAGGGGGUUGAUAGGGUUUGGUUCUGAGGCAGGUAGGAACCUUAGUGCUCCAGAUUGGGGGCUGGCGGGAAAGCAGCUCAGAUGCCUUCUGAGGCAGGAUCCUGCCUGUGCCAAGGCCAGGGUUCUACACCUACCCUCCUACCCUGCCUAUGGGGCAGGAGCAGAUAUGGGUUGCAAUACCCAAGUAAUGAGAGCUGGUCUCACCUUGUACAUCCAGAACCAUCUGUGCUCUGAGCCAGAAUGUUGGCAAGAUCAGGUUUUGCUCUGAGCUGUCCUGGGAUGUGGAACAGGCCAAUUGCUUUAUAGAUGGACUAUAGGGAGUGGGAGGCAAUAAUCCAGAAGAGAAGGGGGUGAAGGGUCCUGGAUCCUAGGCAAAGAUGGAAUGCCACCUGGCCCUGUUCGCUAUUGGGUUGGGAAGUCCCCUUGGGGCCUGGGGAGAACUUAGACAGCCUGGAGCUGAGUUCUGCACACGCCCCUGCCCCUCCCCUCCGGGAAGGCAGCUCCCAGAAGCUUGAUCCAAACCUACAGUCCCCUGCAGAGUGAGGAGCGGCCUUACCACCAGGGUGUGGCCUGACCAUUCUCUUGACACACACACACACACACACACACACACACGUUUUAUAAAAGCUUGGGCCCAGCCCGGCCACUCCGCAGAGACUGGAGGAGCCAGGUCCAGUAGGUGGGAAAUCCCAUCCCCUGUCUCCCACAAGCAAUUUUCAAAUCUUCCACUUUUAAAACAGAAAACGGUAAAUGCGCCGUGUUGUAUAUUUUA